AUGUCGAGUCUAAGUUCUCCAUCCACAAAACUACCAGAUCUUAUCAAGAUAGAUGAUAUUACUUCAGGCAAAAUAGACCCCAGCCUUAUAUUCAAUGAGCUUGAAAGGUUGAAAGUUGAGAUAAACAUCUUGCGAAAUGACAUGUCCUUAUUAGUAAAGGCAUUGGCAACCAUUCCACCAGAUCAAUCACAACAGGAAUACUACCGAGUGGUAGUUCUGCGAUUGAAGUCGGUCCAAACUAGCAUCAAGGACUACUGUGCAAAGUACAACAAGCUCCUUCCAAUAAUAAAUCUAGCCCAAAUUAAAUUAGGACAUGAGGUGGAGAUUAUUCCCCAGAACCCUACAGGUCCCUCUAAGCCAACAGGAAGUCGUUUAUCAGUCAAGAGAAGCAAUUCGAUACACAAGAGUAAUUCUACAAAUGACGGUACAAACGGAGGCACGGUUAAUCAGCCAAUAGUUAUUUAGUAUAUAGGAAGACAAAUUUUACAGCAAAUUCCCCAGAAGAGAUAUAAAUGCAAGAGCAGGA